CCUUCCAUUUGGCGCGAGAGACUGACCCUCCCAAUAUUUCUUUAUGCAUUCCUCAACCUCUAACCUUUCCAUCAAACGCUCUAGUUCUCGUUUCUGUCCUCGCAUGACACCUUGAAGGACCAUCACGUACCGGCGCUCUUCAACUCAAAUCUUCCCGAUGACCUGCCCUCUCUCGGUUUGACUGGAGACACUAUCAUGGAUGACACCCACCCCACAGCGGAUCAAACAGCACCCAGAAAAAGGAUCCGUGGCGAGCGAAUUGUCUGGACACCAGAGGAGGACGAGUAUCUACGGAGGGCUGUUCAGAUCUAUGGUGACAAGACUGAAAAGUGGGCAAAGAUCGCGGCGUGUGUACCAGGAAGAACCAACAAAAACUGCCGAAAGAGAUGGUUUCACUCCCUGGACCCGAGUUUGAAAAAAGGCGGAUGGACCGAGGAAGAAGACCACCUGCUCAGGACUGGCGUCGAAAACUUUCGCGGUCAAUGGAGUAAAAUCGCCGAGCGUAUCCAAGGACGAACUGACGACCAAUGCGCAAAGAGGUGGCGUGAGAGUCUCGACCCUGAAAUCGAUCGCGCGGCAUGGACGCCCGAUGACGACAUUCUUCUGCUGAAGAAGUUUGAGGAAUAUGGCACUCAGUGGCAAAAGAUCGCCCUCUCCUUCCCUGGUCGACCUGGCCUUCACUGUCGAAACCGUUGGCGCAAAAUUCAACGGAGCCUGAAUCACAUGGAGCGCGCCAACAAGCGGCGGCGUAACCAAUUCAACAUUAAGGAAAUGCAGUCAGGGACACAGCGUUCGGAUGAGUCAUCAGGGAGAAGCCGACUACCGUCGUCUGACGAGACGCUGCUCCACGAUGCCUUUCUAGAUGACCAGUAUAACCUUCUGGAAGAUAGUAACGACCAGACCGAGGACAGGAACGAUUCGAACCCGGACGAGGAACGACCGUAUGGCUGUGCAAUCCCUGGCUGCAAGUUCGAGAGUUCAUCGCCCUCGCUAUUGUUCUACCAUUUUAAGGCCUCGCACCACGGAACCACUGUCCUCAAACCAUUCCGCUGCACCGUGCCAGGAUGCGAGGACCGUAAGCGAUACAAGAAUAUCAAUGGUCUCCAGUAUCAUGUUACCCAUGCUAAAAACACCCUCGGGCACUCAGGACAUGGGAGCACCCAGCAGGACAGUCAGCAGCAGGCGACUGUGUCGUCGCCUGAAACCAAAGCAGAGGAUGCGACACCAGAUAUAACCGCUGCAGGAGAUGCUCUCGAACCCUACACCGCAUCCUUCAACAGGCCUGUCAGCAAGCCGCUCUCCAUUGUUCCAACUCCGGCCGAAAUCCAAUAUCUUAUUCCUCCGGCCAUGUCCAAGCCUCUGAUCACUCACCAGGCAUUCAACAUUCCCCAUACCCCAGAGUCAUUGGAGGAACCACUCGUGCCAUCUCCGACACUUUCGUUUGAAUCUUUGUUGCCCCGAUCGCAUUCAACAUCGCUGCAAUGUCCCGAGCUCGGAUGCGGGCAAAUUUUCCAUGUGCUGAAUGGACUCACUGCUCAUAUGGCCAACAACCAUGGCCAUCAGCAUAUCACCAUGAAGAGCAGCGACAUUUCUUUCGGUCCGGACUCGAUUGCGAUUCCAGAAAACGGUUUCGACGACGUCGACAUGGAUUUGGGACAUCUGGAGAGUUCUCCAACCAUUGACACCAACAUGUUGUUGAUGGACGAUGCAGAAAUGCAGGCGCAGCUGCAGAAGAUUGCCAGCCAGAGCUUUGGACUCGGUCUCGACGUGGAGAUGCCCGAUACCACGCAAGACCUCGACAUUCUCUCGAUGAACGAGCUCUUGUUCGCGAACCACAUUGCAAACUCACUGAACAACUUCAGCUCGUACAGCAACAGGAUCCACUUUGGGACACACAUCAAUGUCAGCGCAAACGACUCCUUGACCCUCCCCUCGACCCCGGUGACGUCUGCAAAUGUGAGUCCGAGAAUGAUGGCGAUCAACAUUCCAGCAGAUAUUAUCGCACCCGUCAUGGAAGAACAGAUCGCUACCACUGGCACUGUGGCGGUGAAGAAGUUUCCUUGCUUAUCGAUGGAGUGCUCAAAGUCAUAUGGAAGCAACAGCGCCAUGAGGGCUCAUAUGCGGCACGAGCACCCUGGCGUGCAUAUCAAGCCGGGCAAGGCAGUGAGCGCGAGUGCCAGUCCACCAGCUAUGGAAUUGGUGUCGGCUCCUCAAUCGCCUGGAACGGCCAUAACAGCGACAGGGAGCACAAUGUCAAAGCAGCAGAAGCAAAGCUCGCAGAAAAGGACGGAUGAUUCGUCCGAGAAGCCGUUCAAGUGUCUGGUUCCAGGAUGCGGAAAGGGUUAUACCAACAUCAAUGGGCUAAAGAACCAUCUUCUUCAGGCACAUGGGUCUACCCCAAAGAAGGGCGCCAGUGCAUGAGAACCUGUCACGACUGUUCCUUCCUCUUUCUCCUCCCAUUCUCCCACUUUACUUCAAAAACGAUCUCUCCUCAUUAAUCCUUCUUGCCCUUUGCCUUCCUUG